AUGGCGACGGAGGGUGAGGUGGUGUGUGUCACCGGAGGCAGCGGCUGCAUUGGAUCCUGGCUCGUCCGUCUCCUUCUCGACACCGUCCAAAUCUCAGUUAAGGACGAGAGCGAAACGAAGCACCUAGAAGCUCUAGAAGGCGCUGAGACUCGCCUCCGUCUUUUCCAGAUCGAUCUCGUUGACUACGGCUCCAUCGUCUCCGCCCUCAAUGGCUGCGUAGUAGUCUUCCACCUCGCCUCUCCCAGCACCAUCGAAAACAACUUCUGGACCCCGGCGAUCAAGGGAACUAUAAAUGUACUGACGGCGGCGAAGGAAGCUGGGGUGAGCCGUGUAGUGGUGACAUCAUCGAUGCUGGCCAUGACUACGAGCGCUAAUUGGCGAGACGACGUUGUCGAGGCUGAGGAUUACUGGACCGACAUUGAGGACUGCAAGAAGAAGGGAUUCUGGUAUCCGAUUUCUAAAACACUAGCAGAGAAAGCAGCUUGGGAUUUUCCCAAAGAGAAGGGUUUGGAUGUGGUGGUGGUGAACCCUGGGUUGGUGUUGGGCCCUGUUAUUCCUCCUAGAAUCAACGGAAGCAUGUUAUUGUUCGGUAGCCUUCUCCAGGGGCGCACUGAAGCACCUGAGGACCUUUUUAUGGGAUUUGUGCAUUUUAAAGAUGUAGCCCUAGCACAUAUCUUGGUGUAUGAGAACAAAUCAGCAACUGGAAGGUUGCCUAAGGAUACCCAACCUAGGUUGUCGAAGGCGACGCUUGGAUCCAAGAGGCUUAGGGACUUGGGUUUACAAUUCAUUCCCGUGGAGCAAAUUAUCAAGGACGCUGUUGAGAGUCUAAAGAGCAGAGGAUUUAUUUCUUGA